AUUUUUGUUGUCAGUGAGAGGGCGGCAGCGCGCGAGAGUGAACGCCCGCCGCGGGUAUAUCAUUAGCCAGUGUACAUCGUAACUAGUGUUCGUACUUCUAAUACUUAGUUCUAGUUAAACCGCGGCUCAUAAAGUGAAGUUUUAUAAAGAAAAAAUUAUUAAUCGGACAAGUUCUCAACAGCAAUAACAAGCUCAAUACUAUAGAUACAUAGCCAAACAUGUUCUUCCAAAGCAACCAACAGUUAGCAAAUCUAGAUGUUAUAUCGAACAGCAGAUAGGUGGAAAUAUCCAUGAUCUAAAACCAUAGAUCAUGCAAAAUAGAAUAUUCUUAUGAGUCCUUCGUUUUCCCUCCGCAACGUCGCUUCCUUCUUUCUAAUAUAUUAAAGAAUAGCGCAAGAUUAACAAGUGCCUCUAUUUAAUAGUACCAAUUGUAAAAAGUAAAUAUUAACACUCUGAAACAAUCAUAUCAAGCGAUAUACCUUUGAACUGCCUUAAACAUUAAUAAAUAAGUGCCAACUAAAAGAAGACAGUAGUUUUAAAGCUUUAAACAAAGAUGUCGCACGGGGGUGUGAAGAGUGCAAAGAAUGGUAGCAGCUCGCAAGCCGUCGAGACGUCGAGGGAGGGUUCCGAGAGCCUGCCACCCCCGCCAGACGGAGGGUGGGGCUGGAUGGUAGUCUUCGCAUCCUUUAUGAUACACAUAGUCACCGAUGGCAUGACCUAUUCGUUCGGAGUAUUCUAUGCUGAGUUCCUGACCUACUUCAAUGAGGGCAAAGGCAAAACUGCGUGGAUCGUUUCUAUCCUUGUCGGGGUCACACUAAGUUCAGGUCCAAUCUCAAGUUCGUUCGUUAAUCGUUGGGGAUGUCGUUCAGUGACGGUAGCAGGUGCGCUACUAUCUGCCGCAUGCGUGACGUUGUCCGCUUUUGCAAACAACGUGACAACCCUCAUUUUCACGGUCGGCAUCGGAGCUGGUGUCGGAUUUGGCCUCAUCUAUUUACCUGCUAUUGUUAGUGUGACUGUGUGGUUUGAACGUUACAGAAGUCUUGCUACAGGUAUAGCGGUAUGCGGAUCUGGUUUGGGAACAUUCUUGUUUGCACCUAUAACAUCAGCGCUUAUUUCAAAUUAUGGGUGGCGAGGGGCGAUGGCACUUAUUGGAGCCUUUAUACUUAACUGUAUUCCAUUGGGACUAUUGUUCCGACCAGUACCUGAGCGUCCAAGAACACCUGUUACUGAACCAAUGUUGCCUAAGAUAAAUAAAUCACCCCUAAAAAGAUCACAGAGUACAGAACAAGUCGCUCGGGCAAAUGGAAAACUUGAAGAUGAUGUCGCAAGACUAACACUCUCCCAACCUGCUCUAAACAAACCGCACGAACAAAAGCACCAUUCCCAUUCGCGACACGGUAGUGGUAUUAUGCAACGACCAGAUGUACUGUAUCAAGGAAGUAUGACUAGUCUAGCUAAAUUCAGAGGAGCAUCACCAGACAGAGUUCAAAUUUCAAUAAAAAAAGAGGAACGUGAACAGAGAUGUGGAUGGUUACCGUGUUCUCAGGAAUCAAAAGCAGCUCUAGCAGAAAUGCUUGAUAUCUCUCUUCUUGUCGAUCCUGUAUUUAUUUUAUUCUCGCUAUCAAAUUUUUUGACUAGUAUAGGUUUUUAUAUACCAUACGUGUAUACAGUGCCUAUGAGUGAAAAACUAGGAGUGGAGAACCCAGCAUACUUAAUUUCAAUAAUUGGGGCAUCCAACUUAGUCGGUCGGAUUAUUUUAGGGUACAUUAGUGACAAACCUUGGGUUAACCGUUUGUUAGCUUAUAACUUAUGCCUUACUAUUGCCGGAAUAAGUACUGCAAUGGCAAUGGCCUGCUGGGAAUUUUGGGGACUCGCACUUUAUGCAACAACGUUUGGUUUUACUAUUGGUGCUUACGUCGGUUUAACUUCUGUUGUAUUAGUUGAUCUUCUUGGUAUAGAGAGGUUAACAAAUGCGUUUGGUCUCCUCUUACUAUUCCAAGGAAUCGCCUCACUAAUUGGACCACCUUUUGCAGGUUGGCUGUAUGACACGCUGGAAUCAUACGCGCCAGGAUUCUACGUAGCUGGCGGUACGAUAUCCGUUAGCGGUCUCAUCCUUUUCUUUAUACCAAUGUUAGAGAAACGAGUCGCUAAUCGGGAUACGAUGUUAGAGCAAAUUUAGCAGGAUGCGUUUAGAGGGAUGAGAUGCGAUUAUCCAGUGAUCGUACUCAACAGCCCCUCGACACCUUCCUCCAUGGGAUCCACGGAGGAUACCUACAGCAACAGGGUAUAUACAACUACAAUCGUAGAAGAAUAUGUUACAGAUAAUUACGACGCAGAUAAUAACGAAUAUGUAAAUAACGAUAGAAUAGAUGAAUGCGGUUUAGUAAUUAACGUAAAUCAAACUCAUUCCAAAGACGAUGUGAAAAGUGCGUGUGAUAAUUUUGAUUAUAAAGCAUGUGUAAGACAAGAUGAAGUAUAAGAAUUAUAAUAAGUUAAGACGCAAAGUGUUUAUAUGAAAUCCAAAGAACUUCAACAAAUUUAUACACUUAAAGUGUUAUAUUUAAUUAAUCUUAUAUACAUAUAAUAUUCUUUGUUUAUACUUAUUAACAUUUUAAUUAUAUAAUAUGUAAUAAUUCUAAUUAAUAACUCCUGAAAUCAAUACAAGCUUAACAAGUUUUUUAUUUAUUAAAUACAAAUAAAACAUACUGUAUUAAUAAUUUAAAUCAUACUUUAUGUAUCCUUAAUAUUAUAUGUUCCUGUAAUAAUAUUAGGAACCAGUGCACUUUACAAAUAUUGAAUGUUAAUAUAUUUAAUAUACUAUACUAGACAUGUGUAUCAUAAAGCUGUUUUACAAUUGUAUAUAAAUAAAUAAAUAAAUGUAAAUAACGCAUUAAGGGCCUUAUUGUGGACCAAAUGUGGGUAGAAUGCUAUUGAGGUUCAAAUAACUGAUUAUAUGAUUUGUAAAUUUUUAUCGCUAGUCGAUUAAAUCUUCGCAAACAAUGUAUUAAUAAGCUAUUUAAUUAAUAAUCAUGUUUAUUUUUUCAAAAACUUUUCAAAUUCGAUAUGUAUUAUAGUUAAAAAAUAUCGGACCUUCACUUUGCAUUGUGUAUAAUACAUUAGACUGACUUAUAUACGCAAUCAACAAUAUAUAUUAUAUUUUCUACAGAGCAGCGCGAUUCUUCGUACAAAUUUUUAAAUUAUAAUAAUAUCGAUUUUAAAAUUAAUCACGAUUGCAAUGUGAAUGAAUGUUAACUAUGACUUUGAUUAUUAAAGUUACCACAGCAAUUGA